UGUUGCAUGGGCAUGCACGUGUCCAAACGGAACUCCACGUAAUGUAACUUUCUAAUCUCAUCACCACCAUUCUUCUGUAUAGUCAAGAUUUAGAGAGUGUUCACUACUCAGAUUCUCAUCUCUUUCUCUUGAUACAAUGCUGAAGGGAACCUUGAUUUUCCCAUUUUCAUUUCUCACAGUUUUAUGCGUUCUUAGUCUGUUUCUGGUCAUUGCUGAAGCUUCGCAUAGAAAUGCUUCCGCUGUGGGGCAUUGGGUGCAGAAACAUGAGAGGACGCCCUUAAUUGAGACAGAAUAUGGUGAAAUCUCAGCCGUUAAAUUCACUGAUGGAACAAGAGGUCCAUACCAUCUUCAAUUCAUCACCCUGGAGCCAAGCUCCCUUUUUCUUCCAGUGCUGCUGCAUGCAGAUAUGGUUUUUUACGUUCACACAGGGAGUGGAACAUUGAGUUGGACUGAUGAUAAAGAGAUAAGGAACGUGAACCUCAGGAAAGGAGAUAUAUAUAGGCUGCAUCCAGGAUCAGUUUUCUAUGUACAGAGCAGCUUAAAGCCUGAACGAGAGAAGUUUAGAAUUCAUGCAAUCUUCUCUAAUGCAGAAGAUGACAUAUAUGAGCCAUGGGUCGGGGCAUACUCAAGCAUUACUGAUUUGGUCCUUGGCUUUGAUUCGAAAGUCCUCCAAGCAGCUUUUAAGGUACCCGAGGAUGUGAUAGAAGAAGUGAUGAAAGCAACUAAACCACCAGGAAUAAUUCAUGCAGUGCAAAAGAAAAAGGAGAACUGCGAAUGGCAAGCUCGACUCUUGAAAGCCUUUCUAGGGAGAAACAGGGAUGGCUUCGAUUCUAUCAAUGGCAAGAAGAAGAGAACAAAAGCAUAUAAUGUUCUUGAAGCAGAUCCAGAUUUCAAGAAUUGUAAUGGCUGGAGCCUUACAGUGGACAGACAUGACCUGCGUUUGUUAAAGGAUUCCAACGUUGGAGUUUUCAUGGUGAACUUGACGAAGGGUUCGAUGAUGGGACCACACUGGAAUCCAAGAGCUUCUGAGAUAGCAAUAGUGUUGCAAGGUCAAGGGAUGGUUCGGGUGGUUUGCCCUGGCAAUGCCAGUGAAUCUGAGUGCAAAAGCAUGAGGAUUAGAGUCAAGGAAGGAGAUGUGUUGGCUAUACGAAGGUUCCAUCCCAUGGCUCAAAUGUCUUUCAACAAUGAUUCAUUUGUUUUCAUGGGGUUCAGCACAUCAACAAUGAGAAACUAUCCUCAAUUUCUAGCAGGGAAGAGCUCUGUCCUGCAGGUCCUGGAUAGACAGAUCUUGGCUAUGUCACUCAAUGUCACAAACACAACAAUUCAUCAGCUUUUAACCCCACAGAAAGGAUCAGUCAUAUUAGAGUGUACUUCUUGUGCUGAGGAAGAGGAAAGCAAAAUGGAGAAGGAAAUUGAAAGGGAAAGAGAGCAAGAGGAAGAAGCCAGGAAGAAAGAGGAGGAAGAAGAAGCCAGAAAGAGAGAAGAAGAAGCCAGAAAGAUAGAAGAAGAAGAAGCCAAGAAGAGAAGAGAAGAAGAUGCAAGGAAAGAGCAAAGAGAAGCCCGAAGACAGGAAGAAGAAAGGCAAAGAAGGGCGAGGCAAGAAGAAGAAGAGAAGGAAAAACAGGAACGCGAAAAGAAGCAGGAGGAAGAAAGACGAAGAAAGGAAGAAAAAGAGCAAGUAGAACCUAAGAGGAGGAAAGGAGAAAAGGAGCGGCACGAGGAAAGGAGUAAGCGAGAAGAAGCUGCAGCUAGGGAGCAAGAGGAGGCCAGGAGACAGGAAAAAGAAAGACAAAGGAGAGCAGAACAAGAAGAAGAGGAGGCCAGGAGGGAGAGGGAGAAGCCAGGAAGAGAACCAGGAGAAGGUGACGAUGAGGGUGAACGAACAGUUCUGAAGAAAGUGUGGAAGAUUUAAUCCCAUCCCUUGUUGGAUUUUUUAGUCCUUGGUUUUGCACGAGUAGUGAAUAAAAGGCUCUCCUACUAUGCUAUCUUAUGUUUAGGCAUUUAGGUUCCAUGUUUAAGUUUGUGAUCUCUGUUUUCUGGGUGCUGAUCUUAAAUAAGCUCUUUCUUUUUUCCCCCAUUGACUGUAUUGAGACAGCUCUUUCGGCCCUUCUCAGAUCCUCAGUCCAACUAGAGAAACUUUUUACCAAAUUAUGAAUUUCUUGCUUUAUUUAAACUUUCCUGCAAUCAUUAGGACUAUUUGUCAUGCUAUAUAAUCUGUUUUCGGCGGCUCCUGCUCUCAGAAAAAUGAUCUCAUGGGUUUUCUUU